AAGCUUUCUUCCACGCCCACAAGCAAAAUCCUUUCUUCUAGAUUGACAUGCCAACGGCGGCUGGCGGAGGUGGUCGUAAUCGGAUUCCGACGAGGAGGGCUGCUUUUCGAUGUCAACGGAGAGACUCAUUGCAGAGGACUCCUUGCGUUUGCAGUUUGAGGAAAUGCACAAUCAACCGGCGGCGCCGAAUUUCGGAUCAUCCGGAUCCUUCAGACAGUAUUGCGGCGAUGGCGCCUUUAUUUUCGAUGAACUUCCGAAGGCGACGAUUACAUCGGUUUACAGACCCGAUACCGGAGAUACGAGUCCUAUGCUUCUGUCUUAUACCAUUGAGUUUCAGUACAAACAGUUUAAGUGGCAAUUAGUGAAGAAGGCUUCACAAGUUUUGUAUUUACACUUUGCACUCAAGAAGCGAGCGUUCGUCGAGGAGUUUCAAGGGAAACAAGAGCAGGUUAAAGAAUGGCUUCAAAGUUUAGGAAUAGUUGAUCAGGUAGCAGUUGUUCAAGAUGAUGAUGAACCUGAUGAUGGAGCCAUUCCUUUGCAUAAUGAAGGAAGUGUGAGAAACAGAUAUGUUCCAUCUAUUGCUGCUUUAUCAAUUCUUCGCCCGGCCAUAGGAAGGCAGGAAAGUGCUUGUGAACAAGCCAAAGUAGCAAUGCAAGGUUAUUUGAAUCAUUUCCUGGGAAACAUGGAUAUCGUCAAUUCUCAAGAGGUCUGCAAAUUUCUGGAGGUCUCUAAGUUGUCUUUUCUUCAAGAAUAUGGUCCUAAGUUAAAAGAAGGUUAUGUUCUGGCAAAGCAUGUGUCAAGAGCUGCUGAUAAUACUGAGGUUAGAUGUGGCUUGUGCGAAUUAUUAAAUUGCUGCAACAACAAAUGGAGAAAGGUCUGGGCAGUUCUGAAACCUGGAUUCUUGGCAUUGCUGGAAGAUCCUUUUGAUUCAAAACUCUUAGACAUAAUUGUUUUUGAUGUACUACCAACCCCAAAUGAUGAUGGAAAAUCUAGAGCGCUUUUAGCAGACCAGAUAAGGGAACGCAAUCCUUUGCGUUAUGCAUUUAGGGUUUCCUGUGGAAAUCGAAACAUAAAGUUGAGAGUUUCAAGUAGCAGUAGAGUCAAGGAAUGGGUUGGUGUAAUCAAUGAUGCCACCUCAAAGGCUCCUGAGGGCUGGUGUUAUCCUCAACGCUUUGGUUCCUUUGCUCCUACAAGAGGUUUGACUGAAGAUGGGAGUCAAGCUCAAUGGUUCAUAGACGGGAAAGCUGCUUUUGAAGCCAUUGCUUUAGCAAUAGAGAAUGCAAAAUCCGAGAUAUUUAUUACUGGUUGGUGGCUCUGCCCAGAUCUGUAUCUCAGACGCCCUUUUCAAAGUCAUCCAUCAUCUCGGCUUGAUGCAUUACUGGAAGCAAAAGCCAAGCAAGGAGUUCAGAUAUACAUCCUUCUAUACAAGGAGGUUUCUAUUGCUCUAAAAAUCAACAGUUUAUACAGUAGGAAAAGGCUUCUUAGCAUUCAUCCAAAUGUCAGAGUGAUGCGCUAUCCCGACCAUUUCUCAACUGGCAUUUACUUAUGGUCACAUCAUGAAAAACUUGUCAUUGUUGAUUAUCAAAUUUGCUUUAUUGGAGGAUUAGAUUUAUGCUUCGGUCGUUACGACACAGUUGAACAUAGAGUGGGUGAUUGCCCUCCCCAUACAUGGCCUGGAAAAGACUAUUACAACCCUAGAGAAUCUGAACCUAAUUCUUGGGAGGAAUCAAUGAAAGAUGAACUGCAUCGUGAAAGAUAUCCUCGUAUGCCAUGGCAUGAUGUCCAUUGUGCUCUAUGGGGACCUCCUUGUCGUGAUGUUGCUAGGCAUUUUGUUCAACGUUGGAAUCAUGCUAAGAGAAACAAAGCUCCAAAUGAAAAGGCAAUUCCAUUACUUAUGCCUCAUCAUCACAUGGUCAUCCCUCAUUACAUGGGAAGUAGAGAGAUCAACAUUGAAAGCAAGGAGGGAGAAGAGAAUGAGAAAAACAUCAGCAGACAGAAUUCCUUUUCCUCAUGGUCACCCUUUGAAGAUGUCCCGUUGCUUUUGCCCCAGGAAGCUGGUGGACUAGUUGUGCCUAACGGAGAACCAAACUCAAAUAUCUUUGAGAUAAAGCAUGCUUUUCUUGAUCAGCCAACUAGGGACGGUGAAACUUUUUCUUUCGCGUUCUGGAAUUCUAAAGUUGAAUACUCAGUUUCAGAUACAGAGAUUAAAGGUAGUGAAGACGACCUUGAUUUCAUGGAUCCAAAUUUGGGGGCACUGUCCGGUGAAGAUGAAUUGUUGGAGAUGGCCAAAAAUGAUGAUGAUAGCUGUGGUGGUGGUGGUGGUGGUGGUGAAUAUGGACAAGUUGGUCCUCGAACAACAUGUCAAUGUCAGGUUAUCAGAAGUGUCAGCCAGUGGUCUACAGGAACCAGCCAAACUGAAGAAAGCAUCCAUAAAGCUUAUUGUUCUCUCAUUUACAAGGCAGAGCAUUUUAUUUACAUUGAGAAUCAGUUUUUCAUAUCGGGCCUUUCAGGAGAUGAGAUCAUACAGAAUCGUGUUCUGGAAGCAUUAUACAACCGCAUUUUGCAGGCACAUAAAGAAGAGAAGUGUUUUAGGGUCAUUGUAGUCAUUCCACUCUUACCAGGCUUCCAGGGAGGUGUGGAUGAUGCUGGUGCAGCAACUGUUAGAGCUAUAAUGCAUUGGCAAUACCGAACAAUUUCAAGGGAGAAAACUUCGAUAUUACAUAAACUAAAUGCGUUGCUUGGCCCUAAAACACAGGAUUACAUUUCCUUUUAUGGUCUGAGAUCAUAUGGUAGACUUUCUGAUCGCGGUCCUGUGGCCACAAGUCAGGUUUAUGUGCAUAGCAAGCUGAUGAUCAUAGAUGAUAGGAUCACCUUGUUGGGCUCAUCUAAUAUCAAUGACAGAAGUUUGCUUGGAACAAGAGACUCUGAGAUUGGGAUAGUGAUAGAAGAUAAAGAGUUUCUCGAAUCAUCAAUGAAUGGAGAGACUUGGGAAGCGGGUAAAUUUUCUUACAGCCUCCGGUGCUCACUCUGGUCUGAGCAUCUGGGUCUUGAUCCAGGAGAGAUAAGCCUUAUUGGUGAUCCAAUACUGGAAGAUACAUAUAUAAAGCUAUGGCAAGCUACUGCAGAGGCCAAUACCAGGAUUUACCAAGAUGUCUUUGCUUGCAUUCCUAAUGAUCUUACACACUCAAGGGCUCAACUCAGACAAAAUACAGCCUUCUGGAAGGAGAAACUCAAUCAUACCACCAUUGAUCUAGGUAUGGCCCCAGAGAGGCUGGAAACAUUUGAGAAUGGAGAGAGUAAGACCAUAUACCCAAUUGAGAAACUAAAAUCGAUUAAGGGACAUCUUGUUUUCUUCCCUCUGGAGUUCAUGUGCCAAGAAGAUUUGAGACCUGUAUUCAAUGAAAGUGAAUUUUAUGCAUCUCCUCACGUAUUCCACUAAGUGUGUAUAUAAAAUGCUAGGAAGUAGCGUAGACUAUAGACCGUACAGAUUGAAAUAGACUGGUAAUUGAUCAUUCCUUGGGAAGGUAAUCAACAUUGGAAGCAAGAAGAAAGGCACUAACAAGGGAGAAAAGGUGGAACUAACUGAAUUAACAUGCGUUUCCGUGUGAGCUUUUUGUAAUGCUAUAAUGGCAUCAUUGUGUAUAUUCUUUACGGAAUUGUAUUCUAGAGCUGGAGAAUAAAAGUACGCCUUUCUGCAUCCUAUCUUUCUGCCUUUCUAUCAAUCUUUGUCAAUUUAGCUUGCCAGACAAGAGGACCUAAUACCUGUUU